AUGUGGAGCUCUCGGGCCAUGUUCUGUCUCUCUUUGAUCCUCUGUGGACUGCUUGGGGAAUGCUUUGGAAUUGCACUUGCGCCCAAGGACAAGCGUGGCUGGACCCUGAACAGUGCUGGCUAUCUGCUGGGACCCCCACUUCUCCCCUUCUACUCUCCUGUUCCCAAAGCAGAUGCCCACCAGACUUUGCCUGAUAAAGGAGGCCUGGCUGGUAAGCGAGAUACCAUGGAGGACUUGUAUUCUCUAGGACAAGAUCCCUAUGGGCAUGCUAUGCACCCUGGAGAGGACAGCAACCUCCAAAGUAUGAUGGAUUUUCUCUCCUACCUAAACCUUCGAGACCAAAGAGCUGUUUCACGCCUGGCCUUUCCAGAAGAGUCAAUGCAAAAGUAGUGGCCUCUGACCUGUGCUUGCUAGUACCACAGUUCCUCUUUUUUCUCCCCUUAUCUCUUCUGUGUCUCUGUCUCUCACUCUCUCUCUCUCUGCCUUCUUUUAUUCCGACACAUUCCUGGGUUAAUAUAUGCUGCUGCCCAACCCUUCAACACUCACUAGAGACUGCUCUACCUCCUGUGCACUUGGCAAAACUGUUGUCCACUUUCAUCCCCCACCCCAUGCCUUCACUCCUUCUCAAAUUUAUACUCUUUCAGGGAAAAGUUACUUUUUUGGAGAACAGAUUCCCCUGCUGAAGCAGUCUCUUUAUCCCUUGCUGCAACAUUUUCACUUAAGUAAACUAAUUUCCUCCUGUCUGUGGUAUGCAGAAACUAGAACUUGGGGCUUCACUUGUGCCUCAGAAACUCAAAUGUGGGAGAAGCCUUGUAGACUGACUGAAUAAACUUUUCUAAAUUGCUUGUCUCCA